GUUCCACCUUCCGGCCAGCUGGUGGCGGUAUGUGUAGCUAACUCGCAUUAACAACACCAACGAAGAAUAAGAAGCUAAUCUGUCUAGUUAGCAAGCCGACAAUUAAUAAACAGAAAAACUAAGACGGUAGCAAAAUGUCAGCGGAUACUAAGAUUGCCGAGCUGCUCACAGAGCUCCAUUUGCUCAUCAAACAGACCCAGGAGGAGAGGUCACGCAGUGAACAUAAUCUGCUCAACAUUCAGAAAACACAUGAGAGGAUGCAGACGGAAAACAAAACUUCUCCAUAUUACCGCACAAAGCUCAGAGGAUUGUACACCACAGCCAAAGCAGAUGCUGAGGCAGAGUGCAGCAUUCUGCGCCAUGCUCUCGAUAAAAUCGCAGAGAUCAAGUCGUUGUUGGAGGAAAGGAGAAUAGCUGCUAAAAUGGCAGGGGUGUACAGCGACAGCGACCCUCCCAGGAAGACGAUGCGGCGUGGUGUCCUGAUGACGCUCCUCCAGCAGUCUGCCAUGACGCUCCCUUUAUGGAUCGGCAAGCCGGGGGAGAGCCCCCCACCUCUUUGCGGAGGGACACCGGCAAGCAGCGACUACGUGGCCAAACAGGGUGACAAGGUGGCAGCGAGGGUGAAAGCUGUGGAUGGAGACGAGCAGUGGAUCCUGGCCGAGGUGGUCAGCUACAACCACUCUACUAACAAGUAUGAAGUGGACGACAUUGAUGAAGAAGGCAAAGAGAGACACACUCUGAGCAGACGGAGGAUCAUCCCUCUGCCUCAGUGGAAGGCCAACCCAGAGACGGACCCGGAGGCUCUGUUCAGUAAGGACCAGCUGGUGCUGGCCCUCUACCCCCAGACCACCUGCUUCUACCGGGCCCUCAUCCACACACCCCCACACAGGCCUCAAGACGACUACUCAGUGCUGUUCGAGGACACGUCGUACGCUGACGGCUACUCCCCCCCGCUCAACGUGGCUCAGAGAUACGUGGUUGCCUGCAAAGAGAAUAAGAAGAAGUGACCGACUACGAGAAAUCACAGAUGAUUUCUAUUUUUGUAGGAAAACAUGUUCAGAAGUAUUUGUCAAAAAAUACAAUUAGGCUUGUGGAGCAGAUUCACCAGGCCAUAAAACACCUGAACAAACAUUUUAAUACUUGUCAUCUUUUUCAAUGAGACAAUAUCAGCACCAAUGUCAAUAUCAGCCACCAAGACCCUGAGGAGGACCUGAACGUCUCAUGGGGAAAAAAUGUAACUGUCCUAAAUUUAUACUGCAUACUGUAUUGUGUUCACUGGGGAAAAGUGACAAAGUAUUAAAGACUGUCGAUAUUGACUUUUAAGUGUGCUGUUGAUACACAAUUUUCCCACAGUGCAUUGCGCCAUACUGCUGAAGGAGUAACAAAGAAUAAUUGGUUUUUAAAAUAGUUGCCAAUUAUGUUUUUUGUAGAUCAGUUAAUUGAAUAAUAGUUUAAACUCAGAGAGAAAAAUGUGAAUCACACAAAAACAGUGAGGAAUACAACAUUGAAAACAGGAAUGUAAGAUAUAGUAGGAGUUAUAACUGAAAAUAGAAGUAGGUAUUCUACAGGUAUUCUAACGCAAAAUACAAAUUAAAAAAGACAUAGAAAAAGGGUGAAAAAAUAAAAUACCCACUUCCAUUAAAGUUGAUCUCCUUCAAUUGCCUGUUUGUGUAAAACUGUUUUGUAUUUAUUUAUUUUUCAUUUCUCCAGUAACCAUAUGCAUUUUAUAUUACUGUAUGCAGCAAUACAUUUGGACACAGAAAUUGUACUUUAACAGAUCGGUUUGACAUUUUUCCCAGCCAGGAGCAGCAUCUAGUGGCCAGUAAAGGAUGGUUUUACUCAUAAACCUGCGGUGGUUAAUCUGCCUUGAGUGAAUAAACUGUUUAUUUAAUAAA